AGAGGAUAGCAGGAAACGCAUUCGCGGCAGCAUGCAAGCUUUCCUCGGAAUCCUGCAGUUCCUGUUGAUUCUUCAGCGGGUACCUGCGCAGAUGUCAGAGCUUCAAAAAGAAAAGGCUCCCACCACAGUAAUUCCGUUCUCUGAGGUGAUGGAAAAGAGCAAGUGUCAACCCAUGGAGCACCUGGUGUACGUGUACCAUGAGUUCCCCGAGUCAGUGGACACCAUCUACAUACCUGAUUGCGUCGUACUUCGGCGAUGCUCUGGUUACAUUACAGAUGAGGCCAAGGGGUGCUAUCCAACCCUUGAACGCAACAUCACUCUGCAGCUGGUGCUUUUUUCCGUUCAACAGCCCGUGGUGGGGAAACAGCCCGUGGUGGAGCUCACAUUUGUAGAACAUCAGAGCUGUGAACACAGACCCCGGCAAAAUCUUCAAAAUUAUGAACGACCAGUCAUUAAGUCACAGCAACAGCAAGUCUAUCAAGAGCAGACCUUCCAGGAGGAAUCAUAAGAAGACAGCUGUAGAAAGUGCCAGUUCCCUCACAACAAGCUCAGUGUUCGCUGAGUCCCACCUGCCCGAAGUUAAAUUAACAGGAAUGAAUUUGGAGUGGUGAACAGCACAUAUCGCUGUCCACACAGCUCUCCAUCCAUCCAUCCAUCCAUCCAUCCAUCCAUCCAGCCUCAUAUAUAUUAUAACUUGUAUACUUUCUAUCCUGAUUAAUCACCAAAGAAAAUAACCCUGGAUCCUACAGACUCCUUUGGCCUUGACCUCUUUGUUUCUGUUUUUAUUUAUUCUAUUUUUUUUCCACCUGAAGCUAGCGGUUGAUGUUCUCAAAAUCGAUGCAGUAUACAGAACGGGAUCAGAGAUAAUGGGUGGAAUGCUUUGAGCUUUUCAGUCACUGGGGGAAAGGGUUAAAGCUUCCAUCCAUCCAUCCAUCCCUUAAGUGUUCACUGGGAACUUGUCAUAUGAAGUCAGAGAAG